AUGGUGAAAAAUACCAAAGCCAUCAGCAUACCUAUAACGGAGGGUAAAAAUGCUGAGCACACAUUAUAUCGUGUGAAAUGCGGCUCCACCGUGCAUAUACAUCCCGAUGCUGGUCUAUUGGGACGUGAAAUUGUAUUAUCAAAAUUCAAACGUACCGAAUAUAGAAUAUUACAUUGGUUUCUGAAAAGUGGUAAGAAAAUAACGACCAACAAGUAUAAUUCAUUACAUGUAGUGGAUACCGAUAUUUAUACGGAAUUGAAUAUGAAUAUGUCGGGUACAUUUCGCUUUUGGUAUCAUUUUAAAGAGAAUGUAAAGCAAGAAAUUGCCGGUUCUCUUUAUAUACAAGUUGAGCCCAAUUUGAGUGUUGGUCCACCAGGGGCUCAGAAAAUCAUACCUUUAAAUUCUGUGCGCUGUCAGACGGUUUUGGCCAAACUUUUGGGUCCUAUUAACACCUGGGAAGCAAAGUUGAGAGUGGCCAAAGAGUCGGGUUACAAUAUGGUUCAUUUUACGCCUAUUCAGGUGGGUGCUUCUAAAUCAGCCUAUUCUUUGCGCAACCAAUUGCGCGUUAAUCCUCAUUUUGCCGCUGGCAAGGGAGCUAAAGUCAUUGAUGAUGUGGAAGCUAUUAUUAAGAAAAUGCGUCAGGAAUGGGGUGUGGCUUCUAUUUGUGAUAUCGUUUUAAAUCAUACCGCCAAUGAAUCGGAAUGGUUGCUGGAACAUCCAGAUGCUACUUAUUCUUGUGCUACUGCUCCCUACUUAAGACCGGCUUUUCUUCUUGAUGCUCUCUUGGCUAAAUGUGGUGAAGAUAUUGCCUAUGGUGUUUUAGAAAAUGUCGGAGUACCCAAAGUUAUAAAUCAUGAACAUCAUUUACAAGCUCUUAGCUAUCAACUGCAUCAGGUUUAUUUACCCAAAAUAAAUGUUUACGAACUGUAUCAAUGCAAUGUCAUGCAUUAUGUGGAGGAGUUUAUGAAGCAGUGCAGAUUAAGGGAACCUCCUACAAAUGUAGCGAAAGGUGAACGUUUUGCGGAAAUACAAUUAAUUGCGGAUCCGGAAUAUAAACGUUUGGGUGCCACCAUUAAUUUGGAAUUAGCUUUGGAGAUAUUUAAUGGUUUCCAUGGCGAUUGCUUCGAUGAAGAGUCUCGUUUGAGAAAAUGCUCUGAUACUUUCCGUCGCCAUUUGGAGUGGUUAAACGAACAAGUUCGUUGUGAAAUCCAAGAUUAUCUUAACUAUGCUAUUGAGAACUGUUUGGCUGGUGUUAGAUAUGAACGUGUACAGGAGGAUGGUCCCAGAAUUAGUGAAAUUUCUAUUAAACAUCCAGUAUUUAUGCAAUAUUUCACUAAAACUAAAGCUCUCGGCAAGAGUUUGUUGGAAAUUGAGGAGGGUAUGUAUGGUAAAAUGGGUGAAUUCUUUAUGGCUCACAACGGUUGGGUUAUGGGAGCCAGUGAUCCCUUAAAGGACUUUGCUGAAGAACAGCCUGGUCGUGCUAAUGUUUAUUUGAAGAGAGAACUUAUUGCCUGGGGUGAUAGUGUCAAAUUGCGUUAUGGUCGUCGUCCCGAAGAAAGUCCUUAUUUGUGGAGUCAUAUGAAGGAGUAUGUGGUAACAACAGCUCGUAUUUUUGAUGGUGUUCGUUUGGAUAAUUGCCAUUCGACUCCGUUGCAUGUGGCCGAGUACCUUUUGGAUGCUGCUCGUGAAGUUAAUCCCAAUUUAUAUGUUGUCGCUGAGUUAUUCACUAACUCAGAUGCUACCGACAAUGUUUUCGUUAAUCUGGGCAUAACAUCGUUGAUUAGAGAAGCCUUAUCUGCUUGGGAUUCCCAUGAGGAGGGACGUUUAGUAUAUCGUUAUGGCGGUGAACCGGUUGGAGCUUUCUUGGAAAAUCCUAAUCGUGAUUUGGCUCCUAGCAUAGCUCAUGCUUUGUUCAUGGAUUUGACUCAUGAUAACCCCUCACCGGUGGAGAAAAGAACUGUCUAUGAUCUUUUGCCUUCGGCAGCUCUAGUAGCUAUGGCUUCUUGUGCCACUGGUAGCAAUCGUGGCUACGAUGAAUUGGUGCCUCAUCAUAUUCAUGUGGUUGAUGAAGAACGUCCCUACCAGGAAUGGGGCAAAGGUGUUGAUUUCAAGAGCGGUAUUAUAGCCGCCAAGAGAGCUUUAAAUAUUUUGCAUGGUCAGCUGGCGGAAGAAGGUUUUACCCAGGUCUUUGUUGAUCAAAUGAAUCCUGAUAUUGUGGCAGUAACACGUCAUUCUCCCACCACCCAUCAAAGUGUUAUUUUGAUAGCUCAUACCGUGUUUGGUUAUCCUCAUCCCAAUGCUGGUCCCACAUUUGUAAGACCUUUACGUUUUGAGGGUAUUCUGGAUGAGAUCAUUUUAGAGGCCGAAUUAACAUUGAAGGGAGAUAAACCAUUCGAUCGUCCAGCUCCUCAUCAAAAGAAUCCAAAUGUUCUCAAUGGUUUCAAUCAAUUCCAAUUGACUUUAAGGGAACACAUACCCUUGUCUAAAUCACAAGUCUUCCGUAUAGUGCCCUAUAUGGAUGGAAAUAUAACACAAUUGGAAAUUGUUAAUUUGAAACCUGGUUCUGUGGUGGCUAUAAGAACUUCUUUGAAACCGGAGUUACAUACUAGCUUUGAAACUUUACAUACACUCACCAAAUCUCUACAUCACGAAGAAGGUCCUGCUUUUAAUGAAUUACAAAAAAUUGCUGAAAAGCUUGACUUGACAGACUUAAAUAGAAUUUUGUUUACUUGUGAUCAAGAAGAACGUGAUGCAGGUUAUGGAGGUGCUGCCUAUGAUAUACCUGAUUGGGGUCAAAUCGUUUAUUGCGGCCUGCAAGGUUUUGUUUCACUUUUAACGGAAAUUUCUCCACGCAAUGAUUUGGGUCAUCCUUUGUGCAAUAACUUGCGUAGUGGUGACUGGAUGAUGGAUUAUAUUUCGGAUCGUUUGUCCCAUACUGAAAGUACAAAACCCUUGGCCGCUUGGAUUAGAUCGGCCUUUGAACCCAUGAAAAAUAUUCCACGCUACUUGAUACCUUGCUAUUUUGAUGCUUUGGUCAGUGGUAUUUAUAAUAUCAUGGUACAACGUGUCUAUCAACUAAUGCCCGAACAUAUACGUGAAGGUCAUGAUUUCCCUCAAACCUUGGCCUUGGCUACUCUACAGUUCUUGGCCGCUUGCAAGUCAGCAAAUUUGCCUGCUUUAAGCCCCGCCUUGGCGCCACCAAAACCACCAGCACAAUGUGUUACCUUAUCAGCUGGUUUACCUCACUUCUCUACUGGCUACAUGCGUUGUUGGGGUCGUGAUACUUUCAUUUCACUACGUGGACUCAUGUUGCUGACUGGUCGUUUCAAUGAAGCCCGUUAUAUUAUCUUGGGUUUCGGCGAAUGUCUGCGUCAUGGUUUGAUACCUAAUCUUUUGGAUAAUGGCUCUAAACCACGCUUCAAUUGUCGCGAUGCCGUUUGGUGGUGGUUGCAUAGUAUUAAGCAAUAUGUUGAGGAAGCUCCUCAUGGUAAAGAUAUUUUAAAAGAUAAAGUUUCUCGCAUUUUCCCCUACGAUGAUUCCGCACCUCAUGGCGCUGGCCAAUUUGAUCAGGUUUUGAUCGAUGUCAUGCAAGAGGCUUUGCAAGUACAUUUCCAAGGUUUGCAAUAUCGUGAACGUAAUGCUGGCUAUGAAAUUGAUGCUCAUAUGACAGAUAAUGGUUUUAAUAAUCAAAUCGGUAUUCAUCCUGAGACCGGUUUUGUAUUUGGUGGCAAUCAAUGGAAUUGCGGUACCUGGAUGGAUAAAAUGGGUUCUUCGGAGAAGGCCGGCAAUAGAGGUCGCCCUAAUACGCCUAGAGAUGGUUCAGCAGUUGAAUUAGUUGGUUUGGAAAUGGCUGUAUUGCGUUUUAUGCAAUCCCUGUCGGAGCGUGGUGUUAUCGAAUAUAAGGGUGUAACUCGCAAGGGACCAAAUGGUUGAGUAGUUAGAUGGUCCCGCCCCUCCGUGGACCUACAAGAAUGGGCAAAUCGUAUUGCCGAAAACUGAAAAUACUUCUUUGUUACGGAAACCGAAAAGGCACCAUUGGCCAAUAGGAAAAACAUCUACAAGGAUUGUUAUGGCGCCUCUCAGAGAUGGACCGACUAUCAGUUGAGAUGUAAUUUCCCAAUAAGUAUGGUUGUAGCACCAGAAAUGUUCAAUCCACAACAUGCCUGGAUUGCACUAGAAAAGGCAAGAGAACAUUUAUUGGGACCCUUGGGUAUGAAGACCUUAGAUCCCAGCGAUUGGAAUUAUCGUGGUAACUAUGACAAUUCCAAUGAUUCCACUGAUUGUACUGUGGCUCAUGGCGCCAACUAUCAUCAAGGACCUGAAUGGGUAUGGCCCAUUGGUUAUUAUCUAAGAGCACGUUUAAUAUUUGCCAAGAAAUGUGGUUAUCUAAAUGAAACUAUUGCAGAAACUUGGAAUAUCUUGAAGGCACAUUUGAAAGAGUUGCAAACUUCUCACUGGCGCGGUUUACCCGAAUUAACCAAUGAAAAUGGUUCCUAUUGCAGAGAUUCAUGUCGCACACAAGCUUGGAGUAUUGCCACCAUAAUGGAGGUUCUUCAUGAUCUUCAUGCUUUGGGUGCUGAUGUUUAGAUAAAACUGUUUAUUACUGCCUUUAAUAGCAAGGUUGUUACAAUUUGAAACAAAUAUACCUCUGAAAUUUUAAUACAUAUUUAAAAUUAAUAUUUAAUUAGAUGUUGAAAAUUUAUAUUCUAAUAAUUACAAAGACACUGUUAGUUUAUUGCACGUAUAAAUGUUAGCUUAAAGCAUAAUUAGCUUAAAUGAGAAACUAUGUAGGCGAAGAUUCAAAGGAAAAAAAUGAAAAAAAAAAUCACUUGCAAAUUAUUUUUCCGUUAUGUAGUUUAACUUUUAAGCUAAUAACAUAUAGUUUGUUACGAAAUCUCGAAAUUCGAAUAAUAAAACCAAAUUAUUCAUUAUA